UUUGUUGAGUUUUGUGUUAUUUCUCUGAAGCCUCUCCAGUUGUAAAUCUCAUAUUGUCCAUUUUUAUAGAAAUACUUUUAAAUAUCGUAACUAGGUGAUAAGGAAACAUUGCACUAUAUUUUGGAUUGUUUCUAUUCUACUAUUUUGCACUAAAAUAUUGGUGAAGAUGCACACCACGCAGAAGGACACGACCUACACGAAGAUUUUUGUCGGGGGUCUUCCGUAUCACACCACGGAUUCCAGUCUCAGGAAAUAUUUUGAAGUGUUCGGAGAAAUUGAAGAGGCUGUCGUGAUUACCGAUCGACAGACCGGCAAAUCUAGGGGGUAUGGAUUUGUGACGAUGGCUGACCGCUCAGCUGCAGACAGGGCCUGUAAAGAUCCGAACCCCAUCAUCGACGGCAGGAAAGCCAACGUCAACCUGGCGUACCUGGGGGCCAAGCCACGGGUGAUGCAGCCAGGUUUCACCUUUGGUGUUCCACAAAUUCAUCCUGCCUUUAUCCAAAGGCCUUAUGGGAUCCCUGCUCACUAUGUGUACCCUCAGGCCUUCAUGCAGCCAAGCACCAUGGUCAUCCCUCACGGCAUGCAGCCCAGUGCCGCCUCUGCCUCCACCGCCUCCUCCCCGUACAUCGACUACACCGGAGCAGCCUACGCUCAGUACUCCGCCGCCGCGGCUAGCGCUGCUGCCGCCGCAGCCUACGAGCAGUAUCCCUACGCCGCCUCCCCUGCGGCGGCCGGGUACCUAACCGCAGCCGGUUAUGGCUAUGUUCAGCAGCCCCUGGCUACGGCCGCACCGGGUUCAGCCGUCGCUGCAGCCGCAGCCUUCGGUCAGUACCAGCCUCAGCAACUGCAAGCUGACCGCAUGCAAUAG